UGGCAACUCUGACGCUCCAACUCCACCAGGACACAACCUCGACAUGGCAGCCAUGUUCCCUGGUCCGCUCCAGGGGAACAGUCAGAACAGGAGUUUCUCGUUCCCUGUGUUCCUCUGCCCUGGAUGGAUGGCCUCAUAAUGUUAGGUGCGGAUGCUACAGCACUCAUGAGAGUCACUCUUUUGCUGCUCUGGUUUAAGGGGUUUCCAUCCCCUAUUGACCUCUCACAGACUGGGUCCCCUCAAUAUCUCAGUUCUCCAGAAGUGGUCAUCCCUUUGAAGGUGACCAGUGGGGCCAGGGAUGCACAGAAUUCAGAGUGGCUCUCCUACAGCCUUGCAUUUGGGGGUCGCAGACAUGUUGUUCAUAUGCGAGUCAAGAAGCUGUUGGUUUCUACCCACUUCUCUGUGCUCACCUACACAGAGGAACACGCCCCCCUCAGCGAUUACCCCUUUGUCCCUAGUGAUUGUUACUACCAUGGUUACGUAGAGGGAGCCCCUGAGUCCUUAGUCGCUUUCAGUUCCUGCAGUGGGGGGUUUCAGGGGGUGUUACAAAUGAAUGGCUUCUCUUAUGAAAUUGAACCCAUCAAGCACUCUAGCACAUUCGAACACUUAGUCUAUACAUUAAAUAAUAACAAGACACAAUUUCCACCUAUGAUAUGUAAUUUAACAGAGAAGACACUACCAGACCAACCUUUUGGACUUAAAGAGGAGGAGAAGUCAGCUGUGAAGCAAAAUUAUAAAAAACUGUGGCCCUAUACAUGGUUUCUGGAGCUGGCCAUAGUGGUGGACUACAAUUUCUUCACUUACUCGCAACAAAACGUGUCAAAGGUGCGAGGAGAUGUGGUUCUUGUUGUUAACAUGGUAGAUUCCAUGUACAAGCAGAUGGAUACAUAUGUGAAUUUGGUUGGCAUUGAGAUUUGGAAUCGAGGAAAUCUUCUCCCAAUGGAAAACAUUCAGCAGGUCUUAGAAGAUUUUUCUCAUUGGAAACAAAUCAGUCUUUUCCAGGUACAUCAUGAUGCAGCCCAUAUUUUCAUUAGAAACUCACUUAUAAGCGUACUUGGGAUAGCCUAUGUUGCAGGAAUAUGUCGUCCUCCUCUUGAUUGUGGAGUUGAAAAUUUCCAAGGGGACUCCUGGUCUCUUUUUGCCAACACAGUGGCCCAUGAGUUGGGCCAUACUUUUGGUAUGCGGCAUGAUGAGGAAUUCUGUUCUUGUGGGGAAAAGGGUUGUGUCAUGAGUUCUUUCAGAGUUCCAGCAGAAAGAUUCACCAAUUGCAGCCAUAAUGAUUUUAUGAAGACCACUUUAAACCAAGGAACUUGUUUGUACAAUCACCCAAGACCAGGGGCAGGCUUUCUAGUGAAGCGCUGUGGGAAUGGCAUAGUUGAAAGUGAAGAAGAGUGUGACUGUGGAUCUAUACAGGAAUGUAAACAAGAUCCCUGUUGUCUUUUUAACUGUACUCUGAAGCCUGGGGCUGCUUGUGCUUUUGGGCUCUGUUGCAAAGACUGCAAAUUCAUGCUAUUGGGGGAACUCUGUAGACCAAAGAUCAAUGAAUGUGACCUUCCAGAAUGGUGCAAUGGAACAUCUCACCAAUGCCCAGAAGAUGGAUAUGUACAAGAUGGGGUCCCCUGUGGUGCCAGAGCCUACUGCUACCAAAAGCAGUGUAAUGACCAUGACCAACAGUGCAGGGAGGUUUUUGGCAAAGGGGCAAGAAGUGCAACUCAUAAUUGUUAUAAAGAAAUCAACUCACAAGGAACCAGGUUCGGCCACUGUGGCACAAAUGGCACGGUCUACCUAAAAUGUAGCAUGUCAGAUGUGCUUUGUGGUAAAAUCCAGUGUGAAAAUGUGGAAGACAUUAGUCAUCCCCAGGCUCAUUAUGCUUGGCAGAACAUUUAUGCCUCUGGCAUCACCUGCUGGAGUACAAGCCAUUGUUUGGGGGUGGGUGUACCUGAUGUUGGUGAAGUCAAAGAUGGCACCGCCUGUGGAAUAGGAAAGAUCUGUGUACGCAAGAAGUGUGUCAGUCUGUCUGCCCUUCCAAACACCUGCCUUCCUGAGACUUGUAAUUGGAAGGGGAUCUGUAAUAACAGGCAUCACUGUCAUUGUGACUACGGGUGGUCCCUGCCUUUCUGCCUGCACAGAGGACAUGGAGGGAGUAUUGACAGUGGCCCAACAUCUCCAAAAAGAAGCAUUGAUAUCACCACCUUGACAAUAACUGUUUUAUCUGUUCUAACGUGUCUGUUCAUAGCGGGGCUUUAUAGAACAUAUUGUUUAAUACCUUCUGGUCCCAAAGAGACUAAGUCUUAGUCACCAGGUUAAGAAGACGUAUAGCUAAUAACGCAUGCACUAAGUUUGGCAACAAUAAUAUUAUUGUAUGUAUGAGUCUGAGCGUAUUUCUGAGAGUUUAUAGAAAGAUGAAAGUAUCUUCUUUCCCUUCAUCUGUAUCAGAAAUACAGGCACAUGUAAUUCUUGGUGUGUUCUUGUCUGUUGUUCAUUCUCUUAAGCAGCAAAUAAAAUUUAAUUGAGACAUGA